AAUUACCUCUUGGUUCGUAAGUGAAAUCAGCCAAGUACUAGUCAUGAAGGAGUCAGAGAGCCCACAACAGUUAAACAAAGUGAAAAUGUCUUCACUUCAACUCCUUAAACACGCGCAAUUCCAUGGAGCAAACCAAUUGGGUGACAAAGCUUCCAGAUAUAUUUGGGCCCCAACUUUACUGAUCCUGUUGGGUCCCGCUAUUGCUCUGGUAGUACUUACUGUCAACCGGUACUUGGACAGGCCUACUUUCAUGGUGAGACAUGACAAGUUCCUCGAGAAGAGAGACUUUCCUUCUGUCGUCGUGUGCCCUGAAGUCAAUUUCGUUGAACAGAAAAUGGACAACUUUUUGGCUAAACUAAACUAUCCUCCUGGCAUAAAUGCGACUAUAGCCAGAAGGAUACUUCCACAACUGUCUGCGUUCUACUCCCUCGACGUGUUGUAUCAACUAUCAGACCUGAUGCGAGUGGAACAUCUCCUGGACUACAAUGGUAUAACUGUGGAGACAGCUGGGAGAUUACUUACCGCUACCUGUGAAGAGACGCUUAUCAAAUGCCGCUGGAAUCGCCGUUUAGUCAACUGUUCAGAUUUGUUCGAAAUGGAGUUCACAGGAGAUGGUUUCUGUUGUGUCUUCAACGGAAGAUCAUUGAGAAGAGAAAUGGAGAACCACGGAUUGAACAUAAAGCAAACGUUAUCGAGGAGGAAGUGGUACACAAAACUGUUCGGUUACACCAGCGGCCUGAUGCUAGCCAUCAACCAGAGCCAGACUCUUACAUCUGUUGACCUUUCUUAUAAAUGGGUGGCUCUCCAGACAGGCAAUCACUUCGUCGACACAACCAUGAAUGGAACAGCUGUGAGUCCUGGAUCUGAGCACUGGAUCGCCUAUUACACGACUGGCUAUCAGAUAGCUCUAGGAGCUAAAACACUUCACCCGUCACUUAGGAAGUGUAACAUGGCAUCAGAAAAGUUAAAGUACUUUCCGAAGUAUAGCCAAAAGUACUGUACAUUAGAGAAGGAAAUAGCGAAUACUUUGGACAAGUGUAAUUGUGUCCGGAGCAACCAUCCGAAGCCUCCUGGUACUAUGAGAUGCCGAGCGGCUAUGCUGCGCUGUGCCACACAGGCGAUGGUUGCGUUUGACGCCUUGAGCACCGACUGUCCUAUGACGUGUGACACCAAGAAGGCCACUAUGAAAGCCUCGAGGUUUGUCCUCGACGAGACUGUGAGCACUGUAGAACCAUUCUACUCAGCUAGGUGGGAUGUUCAGCGUGUUCUUCGGAUGCAGUGUGCUGACAUUGUUAGCAUUACUGCAAAUCAUCUGGCGUGCACUCUACAGACGAUGUCGAAAAUUUUGGAGUUCCACCAAGUAGAAUUGUGA